AUGUAGUAAAUUAGUAAAGAGAAAGAGAAUCAAAUCUAAUAAGCAAUGGAUUUAGAAAAAGAUGUGUUAACCACAUUAGCCAAAGUCAGAUAAUACGAAGCAUCAAUAACUUCAUUAAAAAGAAACAUUCAAAAAUGUAAUAUUACAUUAAAAGAAUUGGGCAGUGUUGAUCAAUAAAAAACAUAUCAACCUAUUGGUAGAUGGUAGCAAAUUAAAUAAUAUUUUUAGCUUUAUUUUGAAACCCAAAGGAGAUAUUGUAAAUGAAGUUAAUGAAUAUAUCAAAUCUCAUGAGAAAGACAUAGAAGAAUUUGAUAAAGUUAGACAACAUUUAAUUGCAAAAGGUAAAGAGAAAGAAACUUAAUUGUAAGAAGCAAUGAAAUCAUUAAAAAUUUGAAAUUAUAAUAUAUUUUAUGUUCUAAGAUAAUAUUUAGGAAUGUG